AUGCUACUGUAUUCAGAUGCAGCCAACUUUUGUCGUAAAGUUGGAAAGGAUAAACUCUGGUUGUUGGACGUCAAACAAUGCCAUUCGGGCACAUGUGGAAUUGAAAAAUGUGAUAAUAACUUUGUAGAAAAAUGUGGAAAUUUGAAAAUAAAGCAACCAGCUUUACUUGGCAGGAACGUCACUUUUACUUUUACACCGGACUCAUAUGAUCCAAAUGCAAUUCUGGAAUGGCAACGUGCAGCUGAAAGAAACCCAUGGUUUACUCAACCCUUAACAUACAAGUUCACACAGUAUAAUGAAAAUGGAACAUAUUACAUGGUCCUAACAGACAGUUUAGCUACAAAUGAUGAAGUUAAUUACCGAAUACAUUAUUACAACGAAAGCAGGCGCUGUCGGAUGGAAACAGGAAAACUUAAACUUGGUGAUAACCCAAAUAAUCCCUGUGGGUUUGUUUACCAGAGAAAUGAACGUGUACCAGAGGGCGGUAAUAUAUAUUUAGAAUAUUAUCCGUCUAAAAAUGCAAACCCUGUCAAUUAUUUUACUCUCGAAUGGGCUCACUCAGACACUGGAUAUGCGCCUUUUACAAAGUUUGAAGGUGAUAUUUACAAAACAGAUAAGACAGAAAAUGGGAUGAAACUACUUACUAUUCCCAUGGCUAACAUCAGUAUGAACGGAUAUUACAAAGUUAAAUGUGGCAGCAAUGCGGGGUUUACAAAUACUGUCUCAGUGACUGUACUAGUGCGACCAAGUGCGCCAGCAUUCACAAAUCUACAGGACAUUGAUGAAUGUAAGGAAUGCAUUGUUGGUUCUGUCAAAGAGAACAUUGAAGUUCAUUGCAAGACAAGUGGCGGGACGUCACCCGUUGAUGUAACAUUGACAGUUGGAGACAAGCAAGUCAAUAGUUAUAUGACACGUAUCAUACUUGAUAACCGUCACCACAAUACAGUCACUUGUGCUGUAAUGAAUAGUGCAUUAACAUCACCAUUAAUCACUACUGCAAAAGUGUAUGUUAUACAGUCUCCUGUUAAAGUUGUGUUAUCAACACCAAGAUAUCUAAAACAAGGGAGUCCUGUUAACAUUACAUGCCAGAGUCAAAACUCAAGACCUUCACCGAUGGUUUACUUAACCAUUUCCGGUAUAAAUGUGUCGUCUGCUGACACAAUGCCUACAUUCAAUAAAGAAACUUUGUUAUACAACAACGCUACCACCUUGACAACAUUCAAACGAGAAUGGAAUGGAAAGGACAUCAUCUGUUGUAGUUAUAAUAAAUGGUACAAAAAACCUAGAUAUUGUUCCAAACCGGAACAAGUGAACUUUCUAUUUCCUCCAUCUGACAUCAAACUUGAAAUCAAAUUUGACUCGGUAGAUCCACUUCAUAUGUAUGCUGUAUGUACCCUGAACAAUUCAAAUCCGGUUUGCAGAGCUAAUUUUACAGCAGCCAGCAGAAUCAUCGGUUCAGAAAAGAACUCAAGUAACACGAGUCUUCCGCAUGGUGCGUGGAAAACAAAGUAUUUCGUUCACUUGAAUGUCAAUAAAAAAGAUGAUGGUAAAGAUGUUACAUGUGCUGCCGUUUGUGCAGACUUCCAAUACCUGGAACUUAGAGACACAAAAACAAUAAAAGUCCCAUGUAAGUUUAUACACAAUUAUUUAUACAAAAGUUGCACAACUUAAUUGGUGGA